AUGGUGACUGCCGCACAGAAACUCAUCUUGAAGCGAAGGAAGGCACAGAAACAGCGUCAGAAAAGACGAAGGCUUGGUUGUGGUAAGGCCAUACCCAAGAAUUUCCAAGCAGUGGGUGCCAACGAGCUGAGAUGGAAACCUGUGGAGAUACCUGAUACGCUGGACGAUUACGAGGGAUUUUAUGGACUCGAGGAAAUCGAUGGUGUUGAUGUCAAAAUGGAAGGUGGACAGGUUAAGUUUGUUGUAAAAGAUGAGAAUAAACUAGUCAAGGAAGGAGAAAAGAACGAGGAUAAUAAUAGCCACGAAGAGGUUGCAGAUGAAUCGGAAAGUGAGGACAGUGGCAAUGAGCAGCAAACAGAUCAUUCUGAGGAGAAUGGAGAAGAAGAACUUGUUGAGGAUGAAAAGGAAUUGAAGUCAAACGUAUUUGCUGCUUUGAAGGAUGACCUGCCAGAAGAUGUUGAUCUGCCCGAAUGGAGUUCGCUCAACCUUUCUGCUAGCACGCUGCAAGGAUUACAAAAGUUGGGAUUCCAAAGGCCUACGGAAAUUCAAAAAGCUGCUAUUCCACUUGCUUUGGAUGGAAAGGAUGUUAUUGGUAAAGCCAUCACCGGUUCGGGUAAGACAUUGGCGUAUGGUAUUCCAAUCCUUGAAAGAGCUUUGAGCAGCAAGCAAGAACAUCUUAACGGUAUCAUCUUCACUCCAACAAGAGAGCUAGCUAGCCAAGUGAUGAAACAUUUGCAGGAAUUAUUCAAAUACACUCCGUUCCCUGACAAAGCUGUCAUUUCUCUCACUGGUGGCCUAUCUAUCCAAAAACAGGAGAGAUUAUUGGGAUACAAACCACGAGUUGUGGUUGCCACUCCAGGACGCUUUCUGGAGAUCUUGGAGAAGAAAACCGAAAAUGCAGUGCAACUUGCAUCUGCUGAUAUUUUAGUGUGCGACGAAGCUGACAGAUUACUGCAAGACGGGCACUUUGAUGAAUUAGAUAAAAUCCUGGAAAUACUUCACAACCACCGGCCAAAAGUGUAUGGCCAUAAGUUUCAGUCUCUGGUUUUCUCGGCUACCUUUUCUCAGGAUCUUUUCGGAAAACUGGAGAAGGCUAAGAAGCAUGUUUUUGACAGCGAACAAGCGAUCGUCAAGAUGCUUUCGAAGCAUCUGAAAUUCCGGUCCAAACCGGAAUAUGUGGACGUUAAUCCUUCGGAGAUUGUGGCUAAUAGCAUCACAGAAGCGAUGAUUCCGUGUGGAGCCCAAGAGAGGGAUCUCAUGCUGUAUUAUUUCCUCACCAUGUUCCCGGGGGUCACAUUGGUGUUUGCCAACGCUAUUGAUUCAGUCAAGAGACUAGCCCCGAUGCUAAACAACUUGGGAAUCCCCACCGUGUCUCUUCAUUCUUCAAUGAUACAAAAACAGCGUCUAAGGUCUUUGGAACGUUUCAAGGCUAAUUCUGAAAAGGCUAUCAAAGAAAAGAAAUCAUCCGUGCUGAUUGCAUCGGACGUUGCUGCCAGAGGGUUAGAUAUUCCGGGCAUUCACCACGUGGUACAUUACCACAUACCUCGAACAGCAGACACUUACAUUCACCGCUCUGGAAGAACAGCGAGAGCUGGACGCGAAGGUGUCUCGAUCAUACUUUGCUCUCCGAAUGAGGCUUCUGGUCCAUUAAAGCAGCUCAGGAAGACAGUGGCUAAUAAGGAAGUUGACGAUCUAAAAACCUUACCGCUUGAAAUGGACAUUUUGGACCAGUUGCGUGAAAGACUCGAGUUGAGUGCUAAAUUGGCGCAGGCAGAGCUCAGCAGUCAGAUUGUGAACAAAGAGAAAACGUGGAUCGAAAAAGCUGCUGACGAUCUGGGAAUCGAGGACCUGAGCGAUCUCGAGGAGGAUGAUUUCCUGAAGAGAGAUAGAAAGCGGAAGGAGGGCAAGCAGUUGACGAAACAGGACGCAAAAAGCUACAGAGCACAACUGAAACACCUGCUGAGCCAGCCUCUGAGAAAAGGUGGAAGACGAUCGUAUAUUGCAGGAGGCCUAACUAAUAUUGCGGAUAUCCUUGCCAGAGGAGGAGACUCCAAUAUUUUGGGAUACAAUCAGAAGGAUGCGCUACAGGUGUUGAAGAAAAAGAAGAAAUAA